UACCUUUCACUUCACAAAACUAAAAACCAAAAGUGUUCUUUCUCUCCCGAUUCUAAAAACCCUACUCUGCUUUGCGCCGAUCUCCCUUCUUAAUGGAGGAAAGAGGAUUCAUGUCACCUUCGUUGGCGUCUUAUCGAGAAGGAGGAGGAGGAAGCAAGGGCAUGUCUCGACGGAGGCCAAUGAGGCCGAGCUUUGACGCUGAUAACGAGUUCAUAACUUUACUCCACGGCUCGGAUCCCGUCAGAAUUGAGUUGAAUCGUCUCGAGAACGAACUCAGAGACAAGGAUAGAGAGUUGUCUGAAGCUCAAGCUGAGAUCAAAGCAUUGAAGUUGUCUGAACGGCAAAGAGAGAAGGCUGUUGAAGAGCUCACGGAUGAGCUGGGAAAGAUGUCGGCAAAACUCAAGUUGAUUGAAAAUCUUCUUGAGACUAAAAACCUUGAGAUCAGGAAAAUUAAUGAAGAAAAGAAGGCUUCCAUGGCAGCUCAGUUUGCAGCAGAAGCCUCUCUCCGUAGGGUGCACGCUGCUCAAAAGGAUGAUGACAUGCCUCCUAUUGAAGCCAUUCUUGCUCCUUUAGAGGCUGAACUCAAGCUCGCAAGACAAGAGAUUGCUAAACUUCAAGACGACAACAAAUCACUGGACCGCCUUACCAAAUCAAAGGAAGCAGCUUUGCUAGACGCUGAAAGGACAGUUCAGUCUGCAUUGGCAAAGGCUUCCAUGGUUGAUGAUCUACAGAACAAGAACCAAGAGUUGAUGAAACAAAUCGAAAUUUGUCAGGAAGAGAAUAGGAUUAUUGACAAGAUGCACAGACAGAAGGUUGCAGAAGUUGAGAAGCUUAUGCAGAGUGUGCGGGAGUUAGAAGAAGCUGUUCUUGCUGGUGGUGCAGCCGCAAACGCAGUGAGAGAUUACCAGAGGAAAUUCCAAGAAAUGAAUGAAGAGAGAAAAAUUCUGGAACGGGAACUGGCCCGUGCUAAGGUCAAUGCAAACAGAGUUGCUACUGUAGUAGCAAAUGAAUGGAAAGAUUCUAACGACCAAGUGAUGCCUGUAAGACAGUGGCUCGAGGAACGGAGAUUCAUGCAGGGAGAAAUGCAGCAACUACGUGACAAACUUGCCAUAGCUGACCGAGCUGCAAAAUCUGAAGCUCAGCUGAAGGAGAAAUUUCUACUGCGGCUUAGAGUGUUAGAAGAGAGUCUAAAGAAGCCUAGCAACAGAGGCACGCCUGGUGUUAGAAGUUCAAGCAACGGGCCUACACGAAGACAAUCCCUUGUUGGAGCCGAGACGAGUCCAAAAUAUUCAUCAUCAAAUGGUUCUGUGGCCAAGAGCAGACCAAGUUCUCAGCCGAGAUCAUCAACCGCUAGUGCGAGCACUGUACUGAAGAAUGCUAGAGGAACAUCUUCAUCGUUCGAUGGGGGAACCAGAUCAUUGGAUAGAAACAAGGUGCUAAUGAAUAGACCUGGAUCAAAGUUUCCUUCGAACCACCAGUCUUCUGAAGGAGCUAGCAGAGUCGAGUCGCCCAGCUCAAUAAAAGUGGAAGAAUCAGAUGACAAGUCAACGGAUAACGAUAGUGUCCCAGGUGUGUUGUACGAUUUGCUGCAGAAAGAGGUGAUAACAUUAAGAAAAGCUGCUCAUGAGAAAGAUCAAAGCCUGAGAGACAAGGAUGAUGCUAUUGAGAUGUUGGCGAAGAAGGUUGAAACAUUAACAAAGGCGAUGGAAGUUGAGGCAAAGAAGAUGAGAAGAGAAGUCGCUGUAAUGGGGAAAGAAGUUGCUGCCAUGCGAGUGGAUAAAGGACAUCAAGAUACUAAAACCAGACGUCCCUCCUCCAUCUCUAAAGGAUCUUCAAACACUGCUCAACUGCUUUCUGGAAGAGUGUCUGGACGAAUUGGGAUGACAAAGAGCACAUAACAACAAGCUCAACCAAUUCGAUCAAUAACCGGUUGAUCUAUGUUCUUGUACCAAAUGUGAUGAACCAUCACUAGGAAGAGGGGUUGGAUGUGAAAGCUGAAAGAGAAAAAACCGGUUUGGUUCUGUGUAAAAAGAAAUUGGCUUUAUAUAUAUUUGCCUGAUAAGAGAGGUAAGGAGUAAAUUUUCUUAUUUUGUUUUGUUGGUAUAACCGUAUAAGAGAGGUAAGGCUUUUGUAUUAUGUAACGUUUUAAGCUUUUAGCGUGUGAUUGUUUGUCCCUUGUUCGGUUAGUCAAGUAUUUGGUAGCCUUAAUA